AGAAAUCCCAUCCCCCACCAACAAGGUACAUGCCGCCGCAAGCCUCUACGUCCGUUCAGCAGCACCAAAUUCAGUGCAUGAAGACGUCCAUCACGAGCGUCUCGUCUCCAGCUGGCUCUGGCGCCCACUCGCCAACGCAGUACACAAUUCGCGUGGCUGAUCAGCGCACGAACACGACACAGUGGCUCGUCCACAAGCGGUACUCGGACUUUCGGGCUUUCCGCGAGUCGCUUCUCGAUCCAAGUGCUUCCUUGUGUGGCAGCUGCGCUGAACUCGCAGAUGAAGCGCCUGUGUCGUUUCGCUUUCCAAAGCGGAAAUGGAUCUUUUCCAACACGAAGAGUGUGAUCAAGGAACGCCAAGAAGGUCUCGCGGUCUUUCUUGACCGCGUGAACAUUGCAGUGCGCAAUUGCCACGAUCCCGCGUGCAUGACCCGAUCAUUGCUCGAACACUUCCUCAUGCUUGCCGACAUGCGGUACACAUUCAUUGACUUGCAGUUCCACGACAACGAGGACAGUUCGUCGCAGCAUCGACGAACUGACAUCCCGUUCCUUCCGCCGCCACCAUCCUCCUCCCUGCGUCACAGCUUUGCUGACACGUUGGGAAGCCUCCGAUCCGACGUUCCAGACCUCUUGCGCCACUCCUUCCAUGAUACACAAGCGCGCAAUCGUCGGCAUAGCGUGCAUAUUUCGUCGGCCGAUCGCAUCAAGAAGCUGCGCAAACUCACUCCUAUCAAAGUCGCACCAAAGCCCGACAAGAAGCGCAUGUCGCUGGAAACUAUCGAGGAAGCUGCUGAAUGAGAGGCAAGAGAUCGGCCCUUUUAUCCAUAUUUAUACACCGACAUCACACGUCCUGCGACCUUUCCUCGCCCGCGCGCGCCAUGUCCCGCUGCCGCCAGAAAAAAGUAUUUUUCGUGUUUCUGUGUCCACACCGAGGGAUUUUCGUAUAUAGUGUGCGUCGACAAGUGAGCAUGUUGGUUCAUGACAAAUACCCGAAAAAUGAUUUGCGCUACCUCCAACGAGAGAAAUAUUUGAAGUGUUGGCCGAAAUACGAGAAAAAAUAACAUGCCGUGUCAUGCAAAAUUGAAUAAACGAUAAUUUUGG